UCUGUCAAAUAAGGUCAUUCGUUCAAUCAGUCAAACAAACGAACAUGGAUCCUUUGGGUGCAAAACCCAAAAAUAAUAAUUCAUUUGAUGAAAAUGAAUGCGAUAAAAGCAACAGUAAUACUCUCAGAUACACCUCAGCAAACAGUAGUAAUAUAGUUCAUAAAUUAUUUAAUAGAGAGAUUCUAGGAUGCACAUCAAGGAGAUACAAUGAGAGGAGUCGCAAAGUGUUCGACAAGAUCCCGCCUCGGCUUCGCUUCUGCCUCAUGGACAUCGUGCCCAUGUCCUAUCUGAGGGAACAUGUGUUUAUGGGCUUCUCACAGUGCGGACAGUUCCUUCUCAGUUUUACGUAUAGUUGCAACACGCAGGUCUAUUUCAGAGAGAGUUCUAAGUUCACUCUUCACUUCCUGUCGUGGGUGCCGGGGCGCGUGGUGCGGCCGGUGCACAGCGUGCCCCUGUUCGGGGACGACUGCGUCGACAGCAAGGUCACCAUAUCGAUGGCGCAGUGGAAACACAACCCGGCCGUGCUCGUCGUCUACGGGAUCGCAGAUUCGUGUUCCGAGCGGUCCUACCUCAGUGUGAUCGGUGUGCCCCGGUUAGGCUGUAAGAAAUGCGCAGCUUUCUCCAGAGACGAGGACGAUCUAAAUUGGGGCAAGAGGUGUUUAGAGCACAACUUCGCAAUCCACACGAAGUUCUUCUGCACUUCGGACUCGAGCAUGUACGAGCCGGUGGUACAACUCGCGUACUCAAACCAGAUCAUCAUAUACACCGACUUCAUACACAUACUAGAGAUAGACUUCGUGAAGCCCGACCAGGACCGGAGCGACAGGAACGAUAUAGACGAUGUUAAUAGCUCGAUAGACAAGGAGGAGACCAACUCGAUGGAUACCAACCCGAGCACGCCCGCUUCGGACGUCUCCGCCGCUUUCCAGUCCCCCAAAUAUCAGAACAAUGUUGUCCAAAACAUAUUGGCUGACUUCUCGGAUUUCGAGAUGGAACCUUAUCAGUUAUCUAGGCCGGUCCAGAUGCCCGAUGUGAUGGGCCAAGAGUUGUGCAUACAGGCGUCGUCGAUAUCACACAACCUGCUCGAAGAGUGGGAGGGACCAUCUCCUUCUAUAAGGACCUUAAUCAGCCCUCCUUUAAGGUCACCAAGGCGACGGCCAGCGGAGAGCAUGUCGCGGUUCAACGAAACACACAGGAUCAAUGCGGAAAAGGCUUAUGAGUUUGUCGAGGAGACGGAGACAAAAUGCGAGAAGCUGAGCAUGUUCAGGAAACGCCGCCUCGCAGACAAGAAGUACGAGUUCUCUGAGGAUAACAACGAGAACAUAGUGCCGUUCAGGGUCCUGCGGAGUAAUAGGAAGUAUUUCAUCGGGUCGACGAGUAAAACCAGCUUACGCCGGCCGAAGUCUCCGCCGGUGGAGAGCGUGGUUUUGCGAACACACAAUCAGAUAAGUAGACCUCCGUCACCUACCACAAGUUUGGAUCUCAAGAGCUCUAGUCUAUCGGGUUUGGAAUCCGAUCAUAAUAGUGAAUCGGAGUACCGCGUCAUGGAGAUGCUAGAUGACGGUUCGCUAAAGACCGUUGCGGUCCAUGACAAUACCUCCAAGACGUUGUCGGACUGUCCCGUCAACGCACAAGACCCUUAUCUGGUGCAUUCUGAGAAUUCCAAGUGCAGCAAGUUCUUCACGAGGUACUUUGUCGAGAGCGAUGAUGAAAUAACGUCCAUACUCACAGAUUCAGAAGACGACUGCAUCUCCGGGUACCACGUGGCGCUGCACCUGACGGCGCACGGCGCGGGGUACGCGGCGCUGCAGGCGCUCGGCGCCGCCGCCUGGGCGCGCCGCGUGCAGCACACCGCGCCGCCGCCCCUCACCGUGCGCGCGCAACAACGCUCGCUCGACACGGAGCUGCUCUGUAACGAGGUGUGCGGCCGGCUCUGCAAGAUCAACAACAAGAAGUUCAUCUACUGCUUCGACUGGGGCUGUCAUGUCAUUGACGUGUGCCAGUCCAGCGGGUGUCUGUCAGGGUUGUGCGCGAUGUGGCUGUGGGCGAGCGAGGAGGGCGGCGCGGCGGCGCAGUGCGAGCCGUGCGAGGACGUCAGCGCCGGCUGUCUGCUGCAUCGGCAACAGUACGCCGCCGAGUGUCUGUUUGUAUGGGACCUGGUAACCGGCGUGUACAGAACGGAGCGUGCUAGUAUGACCGAGGACUCUAGCCAGGAGGGCACUAGAGUUUCAGGCGCGGACCGUGCCCGCGAGCUGGCGAAGAAGCUCGGCCCCAUCAACAUGCUGCCCGGGAACGACUACAGGCUGCUCACCACGCUCACUGGGCGAUCACUGAAAAGACUGACAGACGUCGAUAACUGCAUCGAGAUCACAAAGAACCCACCCGGACAGCUCAGAGUCCGAGUCCUCCUCGGAGGAGGACAGUGAUUACGACUGAUAUUAUAAUACGCUACCGUAAAUUAUCUACUCGUUUAGUGCUCUGUUUGGUAUCCGUGCCGGGUCAGGGUCGAGUCAGUGAACACGUGUCCGUCAUUGUAGUUGCAGUUCUUGUAAAAAUAUUGGUCAUGCCCCUGCCACAACCCGGACGGCGUACUGAAGUAUGAGUAGACUUCGUUCGGUACAACGAAUGGAUGUGAAGAAUUAGUUACAUUGUGGUGCGGUUACAAUAUAACUAUUAAUUUCUUAAGUUGAAUGAAAAGACAGAAAUUAGCUUUAAAGUAUACUUAUUCUUCCUAAGCAGCUAUUUUAAGAUAUAGUCAUCACAUAUUUUUAAUUUUAUCUAUGGCAAAAGGAGUUUACGUAAACAGUGGCAAGGGCAUCUUGAGUACAGUCACCAAUACAUAUUAUACAUUGAGCAAUAGAAAAAGUAUGUCACAAGCCAUCAUCAUAAUAGUGUAACAGAAACAUAAUGUAUGAAGCUGAACUUUUAUUUUUCCUAAGGCAUAGUGUUUAUUAACUACCAAGUAACUUUAGUGUACUACAUAUUUUCACGAGUUGUGAAUAGGACAUUCAACUUCAUGUCUGAUAGGCAAAAUUGCCACUAGACGAACAAGAUCAGCUGAGUCUAGUACGAGAUAAUUUAUUGUAGCUGCAUCACAUAAUGUACUGUUACUCAAUAGUAUCUCUAUAGUAUUAAUAAUGUGUAUUUAAACUUGUGAAAUGAAAUAGUGGACGAAAAACAUUGUGUUUUGUUUUCGCGGUUUAUUCUUAUGGUGCUUAUUUAUAGAAUGUUUUAUCCGACUGUGCGUAGGAGAGUUAAGUUCACAAGACUUAUGUGUGCAUUUUUUUUUUUUUUAUUUUAUAUUAUGGCCACAGUCACACUACCUUAACAAAUACUAUGUAACAAAUCUAUAAUUCUAUAUAAAUUGGCUCAUUGAUGUCUAUAGGUUUUAUGAUGAGUUUAGUAUUGGUUAUUAUUUAUACAACCUUCAUGCAGGUUCUUUGUGAAUUAUUUUUAACGAAAUUAAAAAUUAUUUACUUUAGUUAUUUUGAUCAGACAAAUAGCUAUACUUCCAGUAACCCAACGACAUAACUUUAGCGGCCGUCGAGCAAUAAUACCUGUGAAGUCCAUGCUAAAAAAAAAGUACUGUGGCCAAUGUGGUAAUAUUGUCAGAAACUCUCAGCCAACUAUAUUUAUGUUUUGUCUGUAAGUGAAAUAAAUAACUGCCUUACGAAUGAGGUCAAUGGGGCCAAAUAGUCAAGAAAUCCCCUUUUUACCUCUACGAUUCCCAAAUCUGUCCGUCGGCUAGGACGCCUGUAAUUGCAAAACACGGAUUCGCCCUCUUAGACGGUAUAGAGCUCCCUGACCUUAAACAUUGUUUAUGUCAAUGAUUGUUGGAUGCCAUUUACCGUUAGAGGAAACAUGACAAAACAUGGCAGACAUUAGAAAAGGCCCUAAAAGUCAAUGGAAAUCAAGAUAUAAAAUAUGCGAUAUAAUUAAAAUAGAAAAUACAACUGUACCUUUUAAGGCUGGGAUAUUUUAUAAAGCUCAUAUAGCAGCAGUAUUAGGUUGAGUCACAACUCAAAACAAAUAUUAUUUUAUAUUGAUUUCUCACGAAUCUAUCUAUUUGCCAAAGCAGCAAGAGGGAAAUAACAUUUUUUAAAUCAGACUUAAUGUUUGAUUUGUAUAUCUUUUUAUUUCUGUACAAAAAGGAAACAGUUUAUCUAUAUUCUCUGUAUUUUUAAAGUGAACUGGUAAGUGAUAUAUUCGAAAUUGUUAUUAAUCUAUGUAUGUAUCGUAGUUGUCUGUGUGAAUAUAUUUUCUGCAUUUAUGCGUACUAUUGAUAUUGCAAUAACUCAUAGAUAUUAAAUUGUAUUAAUCAACGAUUUGUGAAUUUACGACAUGGUUUAAAUAUAAUAUAAAUUGUGAAGUUUUGGCACAAAUGAAAGGUUAAUUGCCCAAUUGCUGAUUUUGGUUUUAAAGUUUCAUUUCAUUUGACUCUGAUUCAGGGUUUUAAGAUCCUAAUUCAAGGUUUUAAGAUCCUAAUUCCUUGAGAAUUUUAGUCACGGUUUUAAACUUUUUUAAUCCAUUCUAUUUUAUUGGUAAUAACUUGAAUAAAAAAAAUACAGAUUGUUGGUAAUAUCUUUCAUUUGUGUUAAUAUUUGUGAAUUUAGGCUCAUGUAAGGUUGUGAUUGUUUGAAUGUAGGUAUGUUUAGGUAAAGUGCCUAGUACUGAUGGUACAGUCUUUAGUGUCGGAUGGGCUGAUAUAAAUAACAUAAAAAAAUUCUCAGUAACUAUACAGGCAAUGUAGCCUCAAAAGAAUUUGUUACCUCAACUGUCUAACCAUUUUUAAUAGUGCAGUCUAAUUUUUAUUACAUUGACUUAUUCAUAGUUGUAUAACAGUAUUUUUAAUAUGAUACUCGCAUGCAAGAUCAAAAUUCAAGACCAUACAAAGAAAUAAUCGGAAGGUAUGACAAAAUCUAUUUAAUUAAAAUAUUAUCAAGUUUACAACCCCAUACUUGAAAUAAUUAAUGAUUUCCUACUUUUAAGCAUAGUUUGAUGCUAAUCACUAAUACAUAAAAUCUAUUUUUAAAUAGUAUGACAUAACACAAUUAUUUUAAAAUAAAAAUAUUUAUGUUUGUAAAAAACUGAAAGGUGUCCAGUGUUGAAUGCUAGGUGUAUGCACUUGGUUAUUCUGUUUUGCAUUUAAUUUAUUAAUAUCAAAUCACAAGGAAAAUAAUGUAUACUCUGAAGACUUUUUCAAAUAAGUGCUGUGUAAUAUUUUUGAGUAAUUGACAGUUUUUAUUAUACUUUAAAAAAUCUUCCAAGUUGUCUCCCAUAAUUUCAACUCAUACCCAUAUCACAGUCUAAUGAAUUAUUCAGUCUGUUAUUAAAGGUGUCUAGACUAUGCAAUCAUGGGUUGCAAAGUGAGACACGGCCAGAAUGCACUUGAGUAGCUAGGUUGCAUCUUACUCUACUGAGCAACAAUUUUACUCAGAUGAGUAACACUUACUUCAAUUGUACAAAAUUUUGAAUUUAUAUGUAUAACUGCGUUAGACUGUAUAAACCCUUAGACUGUGUCUAAUCUAUGUAUUUUACUCUGCAUGUGCAACAUUAUCUUUUUCAGAUCCUCAAUAGUAUGAUAAUUUAUAAUACUUUACCACAAUGAUAUUGCAUUUAGUAAUGGAAAUAUUGUAGGCGCUUUCGGACAGGUUGUAUGAGUGUUGAUUCAACUCUGAAGUCGGCUGCUGUUGUGGCCGCGAUCAUUUUGUCCAACCUGGCUGCAGAAAGGAUUACAGUAGCACUAUAGGUGCUAGCUGUGCAGUUGAGUAUAUCGACUGCGGUAUACACUCUGUCUGAUAACAGCCAUAUUUUCUCAGUUUUAACAUGUCCAUGUAUGAAUGUGUAAAUUAUAGGUGUUUGUACUACAAUUUUUGUACUUACUCAUGUAUGAAUGUUUUGAUCCAGAGAUCUUUUGUGUAUAAGUCGUUUUACUAGGCGACAAUUGACGCGCGAUUGUUGCUCAACAUAAAUCCAAAUAGCAACAUGGUCCAUGCCUGUACAAUCCGAAUGCUUCUUUUGCUAAUAACAAUGUUGCCAUGUUAAGCAGCAAUGUUGCGCCUUAAUUAUUGUCUAAUACAUGGCUUUGUGUAGUCUCUCUGUAAUGGAUGUCUCAAAGCACUUAUAUGGUGUUUCAACUUGCCAUCAAAUUGUAAAGUAGUUAGGGAGAAAAAAAUGCAUGUUAUUAAUAAAUAACAUAUUACUGUA